UCACGGGGUUUAUUUUGAAGUUCCAUUAAUGUGCGCUGCUGCAUACAUGUUUCGCUCGGGACGUUUCAAAGUAGUCUGUAGAGCACGCUCCAGCGGUAGAAGUUUGUUGUGACUCGGUUUAGUCGGAUGCUUGUUUUCCUCUGUCUGGUUUUCUCCUGCCUUGCUUUGCCCCCCCUCUCUCUUGCCUUUGGAUGACCGACGUAACCUCACCUCUCGGCCGGUUGCUUGACCAGGGUCUCCUGCUGUCAAACUUUAGUUGACAUGAUUUGGCGCACCGACGACGGAUGGACUUAAAGUUUUUGGGAUUUUCAUCGUUUGCCAGCCACUACAAACGUAAAGGACUUACUGGAACCACAUUCGAACAAGUUGUCAUUAACUUUUAACCAGCCAGAGACAUGCAGAAGUUAAAUUCCACCGGUACUCACGGCAGCAUGCUCCCCCAGGAUGAGGAGCUCCAGCGGCGGUUAGCUGACAGCGGAGGAUCCGGGGAAGGGAAGGAGAACGGAGCUGGGAAACAAUUCAUCACCCAACCUGAGGUGGAAAGCUCGUUUUGCACCAAGAGGAAGAUGCUUGUUUGUUUGGAUGUGUUGUGCCUUUGUAUUGCCUCCAUCCCAUUUUUUGCAUGCGAGAUGAAGUUUGUGACUCCCUACAAACGAGGCUUUUUCUGCGGAGACCCCAGCAUCACUUAUCCCAACAUAACGACCGAGGCCAUCCCCGACAGCCUGCUCAUCGCUGGUGGCAUCGCCAUCACUGGUGUAGCGAUCGCUGUAGGUGAAUGCUAUCGUGUACGUUUCCGAGGUGUGCACUCACGGGCUUUUGUUAGAAACUGCUAUGUGUCAUGCCUGUACAAGGAACUGGGAAGCUUCCUGUUUGGCUGUUGUAUUGGUCAGUCUCUCACCAACAUGGCCAAGCUAAGCGUAGGUCGCCUGAGACCCAACUUCCUGGAUGUGUGCAACAUCACAUAUGCAUCCAUUAACUGCAAGGAAGGCAUCUAUGUCCCUGCAGAGUCCAUAGUCUGCAGUGCGGAGAAGAAGUUGGAGGAGGAGGCAAGGAAGUCCUUCUUUUCCGGCCAUGCUUCCUUCGCGAUGUACACAAUGCUUUAUCUGGCAUUCUACCUGCAGGCACGGCUGUCGUGGCGAGGAGCUCGGCUAUUGCGCCCACUUAUACAGUUCUUCUUAGUAAUGAUCGCUGUCUACACCGGAUUGAGCCGCAUCUCAGACUACCGUCACCAUCCCACUGACGUCCUCACAGGCUUUAUUCAAGGAGGGCUCACCGCAUACUGGGUGGCCUUCUAUAUCUCCACCAUGUUUAAGCCCUGCGCCCGCCCAGACGGGUCUCCCACUAGCCUGUCCCUGGAGAGUCCACUGUCCAGCCAGCAAACUGUCUGUUAGCAGGUGCAUGCAAUCAUUUCAGGAAUCGGAGGAUCAGAGAAGUGAACUGCAGAAAUACAGGGAGAGCAGUAGAUAGCACAGGUGAGGAGCACAAAGAACUGAGGAACUAGUUUAGAAGAGAGGAUAUCAUUCUAAGAAAAUAUUGAGAGUACAAUCUAACCUGCUUAUACUUUUGGUAUAUUGAUAUACACGCAAACAUACAGUCAUCUAACACAUAUAGACAUAAGAUAAAUGCAACAAGACUACAAGUCAAACCCGUCCAGUGGAACAAACUUUGUGGUAAUAUUAGAAAUAUUUUUUUUAUAUAUGAAAAAAGAUUAAAAGUGUUUAUUUUUCAAGAUAAGUUGUAGAAGCUGCUAAAGUUGAAAGCUAGUUUGUUUUCUUCUGGUAUGGAGGGCUUUGGCAAGUGCUUUUGGUUAGCUUUCAAAGCCGAGCCAGUCACCCUUUGGUCUCGGGUUAGAGAUGAGAAAAUACCAGCGUCCGUUUUUGGUUUUUGAUUCCUUGCUCAGCUUGGAAAACAUUAGCCAGCAGCUGUUAACUGAGACCAUCGGACCUCAGAUGUAAAGACAGCUCUGUGCAAAGUGACGGAACAAGCACAGGCUUCCUAACGAUCUUUGCCUUCAGUCGCACGACGUGCAACUAACCUAAAAAGUCGACCCUACACCACUGUGACUACAUGAUAAAACACAUGUAAGCAAAGGACAACAAUGUUUGAGCUGUGAUAGAAUGCCAUCUUUCUCUUUUGAGUAACCAAGUCAGUGACUGGGAGCAAUCUGACCAGGUAAUUUCUCUUCCCAUUCACUGCCACUUUCCUGCUACUAACCACUUUGACUGUGUCUCAGAGGUGGAGGUUUUGACUGAAUUUUGUAACCUCUGACCUUUUGUCCCUGGACUCCAAACUCUUGAGCUGCACCUUGAUUUAUGCCACUCAGACAGGAGCCGUGCAGCCGUGAUCCCAGCGGUCCUCCUGUGCGUCUUUAUUAAUAGCACUUGAACAUAGUGGAACCCUCUAAUUAUAAUCAAUAUUAUAUAUUUUAUCACAAGUUUGAAUAAUCAGUGUUUAUUUUUGUUAAUGUUCGACUCAUACACUAUAUUCUUUUCGUGAAAAGAUAAUUAUUCAAACUGAAUGUAAAUAGCAAUUUCAUUUUAUAAACCACAGAACCACAGAAUUUCAAGUAUUAGUUCAAGUUUUGGACCGUUUUUACAUGUUUGUGUAAGUGUUUGUAUUUACGUUUUUGUCGAUCGGGUACAGAGAGUUGCUUUUGUACCUGUUGUAACUACUAGACUGAGCCACAGAUGUUAUCAGAAAGCUAUAUAUAUUUUUGUGUUCCCAGAUAUUUUUGUUUGUUUGAUUUGUCUGUGAAUGCCACAGCGGCAGAAAUAACCACUGUACUCAAAAGAAAACCAAACCAUUAAACCAUCGAAUGUUGAAUGUUU